AUGGCUGGUGGACCCAAGAAAUGUUUGUCUUUGAUUGGAUUCAGUCUUAUCUGUUUUAAAAUGGUUGCUUCAGCAAAAACAGCUCUUGAAAUACCCACCAUUGAUCAGGCAUAUUCAAAAAUCAGCGACAGUAUCACUGUGGAGUGGGCUACCGUGCCAGGGGCCACCAGUUACCUUCUCACGGCCGAAGAUGGGGACACUGUCAUUGAAACCACUGUGGACAAUUCCCCAGGCACUGUGACAGGUCUGAAGGCUGCGACCUUGUACCAAAUCACCAUCAGAUCCAUCAGUGCCGCUGGGAGAAGCCAGGCAUCACCUCCAAAGCAGGCAAAGACAGUGUUGGCUGCACCAAUUCUAGAAGUAAGCUCUCCAAGUCCCAACUCUAUUCUUGUGCAGUGGGAAGCUGUAUACAUGGCAAUUGGAUUCUCUGUGUCCGUUAUGCGAGCCAAUGGUUUGGGCAGAAUAUGGAAAGAGAACACCACAAACACCUCCUUGACAUUCACCAGCUUAGACUCCGGGACUCUCUACACCAUAAAGGCCUUUGCGUGGAAUGCCAAUGGAACCCCCGGGGAUGACUCCACCUGCAAUCAGAGAACAAGUCCUCGUGCUCCUGCCAACAUUCAAGUCUCUUUUGAUAGUGGGGCUCUGAAGGCAUCUGUUUCAUGGGCACCGACAGAAGGAGCUUUCAACUAUACUGUGAUGGCUUUGAGCGAUUCUUCAGAGCUGAGCUGUAGUACGACUUUCAGUUCCUGUACCAUCUCCUCUCUCCAGUGUGGAACUGAGUACCUGAUUUCUGUUUUAGCAAGUAACGAUGCCGGAUCUAGCAAAACAGCUUCAGCAGUGACCCUGAAAACUGUUGCUUGUGCACCUGCAAGAGUGAUGAUCCAAGAAGAUCCCCCUGGCCACCUGUCUGUGGCUUGGUCUGAUGUAGAUCUGGGUGAUUACUAUGUGGCCUUUGUGAAGAGUGAUGAUGGUUUGGAAGUACACUGCAACACAUCCCUUACACAGUGCAAUUUCUUAUCUGAGUGUGGCUUCACUUACUUUAUUAGUGUUUUUGCCUAUAACAAGGCAGGGCAGAGUCCUUUGGGUGACGUGUUCAAUUAUACCACAGCUCCCUGUUGUCCUAGUGACAUUAACCCUGUAUUGGUGUCCAGUGACAGAGUAGAGAUUGUCUGGUCUCCUGUCCGUGGUGCCGAACUUUAUGAAACCAAGGCUGUAGAUGGGUUCAACGUGGUUGAGUGCAAUGACACUGCUCCUACUUGCACUCUUUCAGCUCUAGAGUGUGACACCAAGUACAAUAUCACGGUGUAUUCCUUCAGCGAAGCCCGGGGCAGCAAUAUGUCAUGUACUUCCCAAUUUAUAACCACAGCUCCUUGCAGUCCUGAAAUAAAAAAUGUUACGCAGAAUGAGUUCUCCAUGAUUAUUGUUCACUGGCGAUCCACAAAUGAUGACGCUACUUACACGGUGACUGCCCAGGGAGAGAAAGGGCUGUAUCAGUGCAGCAGCAUGGGAGAGUCCUGUACCAUCGGGGGCUUGCCCUGCGGCUCAGUGUUCUCUGUCACUGCUGUGGCUGAAACACGGGCAGGACGGAGCCUACCCAGUUACAGUGUGCCCCUGGAAACAGUGCCGUGCUGUCCAGCCGGUCUGACAGUAACUCAGGUCACCCAAUCAGUAAUCAACGUAAGCUGGACUCUUGGGACCGGGGCCCAAACCUACGUGAUAGUUCUGGAGUCACGCACUGGACAGUCUAAGUGUCACACCCAUCAAAAUCACUGCCUCCUGGGAUGCGUCGCAUGUGGCGUCAAUUACACAGUGGCAUUAAAAGCAAUUAGUGCCACUGGGCUGACUGCGGACUGCGCCUACCCAAGUUAUUCCUCUAGUGCCUGCUGCCCUUUGGGGGUGAAAUUAUAUAGACUGGGCCCUAAUGGCAUUCGGAUCUACUGGCAAGCCUCCAGGGGCUCUGCCAAUUACAGCACCGACCUCUAUGGUUCCAAAGGCAUUUUCACAUGUGUUUCAAGCACUGGCCUCAGUUUCUGCGAUGUCACCGAGAUACCCUGCGGGGAUGUAUAUACCGUGAUGGUCUCACCAGUUGCUGAGACAGGACUGAAGCUCACUUUUUGUCCAAAAAAAAUAUAUUCAGUAACCUGCUCUGGAAGUACACUUGGAAUGGUGAUUUACAGAGGAAAGAGAAACGCAGAAUGAUAUCGUGUACCACAGAUAAAAACAGACUUGACCUAAGUUGUCUCAACUGUUAGCGAGUGAUAGAAAAAGAUCUACUAGAAUACAAAAUGCCUCCAGGAUAGGACAAACUCUUUGGGCCUUUAGAAGAAAACUCUGACUCCGCUUUCUGCGAGCAAGGUCAGAUGUGUCCUCACCUGCACAGGAGUUCAAGAUCUGCUGCUGAGAGGACUCAGUAGAGAAAUGGAUCUAGACAGUCCUCUGGAAGGCUGCCAGAGUGAGCCAGCACACUGGGAGAGUCCUGGAAACAUGAAAGGAAUCUGCUUAGCAGAAAUUCUUUCUGAGAAUUCACAUCCAGACAUACAUCAGACUUCAACAUAUCCACUUCAUAAUUGUUUCAUCAACGCCAGCGCUUGGCAUACAGCCCUGUAGCCAUUCAAGGGCUGGAAACGUUUACUCCCAGAGAAGUCAAAAUCAAGCCACCAUGCAGAGACACUGCUCGUUCCACGACAAACCACCACCAGGACUUCUGCGAGAGUUGGAUAGCAGCAACUUCCAGGGCAGCCUGUAGUAACAAACACCCUCAUCUCAAGUUAGGAGGAAGCUGAGCUGCUUGCAGGCUUUGCCGAGUCAAAGCAUCACGUGAUGUGACCUCUGUGUGAGCAUCUGGGAAAGCAGAGCUGCUGGCUUGCUGCUAGAAGGAUUGCAGUCACGCUUUUGAGUGAGCAAAGACUUCGGAUAGAGGGACAGCCGGGGCAGAGCCUCAAACUAACAUACGUGCAUCUUUUGGGGAGAAGACCAUCCAUCUUGUUGGCUGUAUCCCCCACUCUACUGUAACUGUUUUUUUCGUCUUUGGAGAGGAAAGUCAAUUAUAUAUAAUAUAAAUCUGGUGUACCUA